UUCGAUGAGCCAUCUGCAAAAUAUCUUUUCAUUGAUGUAUACAAAGUUGGAAAAAACUACAUGUUAGAAGUAUCGAUGUUUGGUGCAGCAUUUUCACAAAAUUCAAGCGAAUUGGAAGUGACAAAAAAGUUUCACACAAAAUUAACACGAAAAAAUUUAAAAGGGAUUGAACUUCGUUGCGCUCUGGUUAUUUCAUUUCCGGAAAAAUUUACAUAUAUGUCAGAUCCACGUAAUGCUAAUGUUGAUGUUGCCACCAAAUCAACGUACCCGAUGAUGAUAAAUUUGGGGUUUGAUUUAAAUUAUACGUGUAACGUUUUACAAACCGAUUCAUAUGGAUGGUUAGUAAAUGGGACAUGGGAUGGAGUGAUGGCCUUAUAUGCCAAAGACAAGGUCGACUUAUUACUUCACCAAACUUCAAUGCGUGUAGAUAGAAUGCAAUACGUCGAAUUCACUACUGAUUUGUUUCCAAUUGUCGUACCAAUUAUAUAUCGUCAACCGAAACUCGCUUCCAUAAGCAAUAUUUUUGUGCUGCCACUCCGUUUUGAUGUUUGGCUAGCGUGUCUAGUUUCAAUGUCGAUUAUUUGGUUGUCGAUGCUAUCGCAAUAUGUUUACCCGGAAAUACGAGAGCGAAUGUCAUAUCUCGAUAUCUGUGGAUUUAUCUGUGGAGCAGUUACCCAGCAAGGGACACAUUUAAUUAUGUCAAAAAUCAGCGGCCGCAUUAUUGUUUUAUCCACAUUUCUUCUGUCAUUGUUCGUGUUUAUUUCGUAUUCGGCAAAUAUUCUCGUUCUGCUACAGAGUCCAAGCAACGCAAUUAAAAAUAUUGAUGAUUUAAUAGCAUCGCCAAUGAAAUUGGCCCUGCAGGACGUACGUUAUGCACGUUUUAUAUUCAAAUACGAAAAUAAGGGCCUUUUAAAAAGAGUUUACGAAACAAAAUUGAAACCUUUUGGUGAAAACGCAUGGAUAUAUGACCCAGCCGUUGGCGUUGAACGAGUUCGUCGAGAAUUGUUUGCAUUUCAGUUGGAAGCAAGCACUGCUUAUAAAUUGAUUUCAGAAACUUUCACCGACGAUGAAAAAUGUAGCCUAGCCGAAAUAACAAUAUUACAUGUACCAAGAUUGACAAUUACAAUCGCUCGGAAUAGCCCCUACAAGGAAUUAUUCAGACAACGGCUUGCUUUUCAAGGUGAGAAUGGGCUCAAGGCACGCGAAAACAUAAGAUGGUUUCCAAAGAAGCCAAUUUGUGAAAACAGUGCAUCUAAAUUGAAAUCAGUUGGUCUUGUUGAAAUAAAAUCGGCUCUAUUAAUUUUAAUAAUUGGUUCAGGCAUUUCUCUGUUCAUUUUUUUGCUUGAGAUUAUUAUGUAUAAAUUGUUAAAAAAUCGUAACUCAAACAAUACUUUUUUUACUUAUACCUGUAAUAUGUGA